AAAAGAGGGCGGGGGAGCGCGGUUUGGUGAUUUUUUGUUGAUGCUUUGCGCAGCGGCUGUAGGAUUUUUGAUCAAUUGCGCGGAUGGGCGUCACGGAGCUCCAGGCGAGCGUCAAGGCGCUGGUGAGAUCCGGGGGUGAAUUCAACCAGGACAAGGCGUGCUCUACAUUCUACUACGUUCCAUCGUCGGGCGAGGCAUCGGCGCAUCUCUCCGCCUCCGGGCUUGGAAACGAUCAAAAGCCGCGGUUGCGAUGGACGCCGGAGCUGCAUGAUCAGUUUGUCAAGGCCGUGGCGCAGCUCGGUGGCCCCGAGAAAGCUACACCAAAGUCGGUCCUGAAGCUAAUGGGCGUUCAAGGGCUAACACUUUACCAUCUCAAGAGCCAUCUCCAGAAGUAUAGACUUGGAAUGCAAAUACCCCGACCCGAGACUAGCGGCGAUGGCAGGAGUAACUCCGAGGACAGCAGCAAACAACAAGAGAGUUUGCCUCUCACGCAGAUAAUUGCGGUGCACGCGGAGGUCGAGAAGAAACUCCGGGAGCAGAUGGAGAUCCAGCAGCAGCUACAGGCCCGGAUCGACGAGCAAUGCCAGCACCUGUACAAGCUGAUGGAGAGCGCGAGCCCUCAGAAGAAAUCGAUCAUGGCGGACCUGGAGGCCGCUCGAAAGCUCCAGCUCGACGGCAUCAUGGAGCUGUCCAAGAUGUACUCGGGGCUCCAGAGCGCGGUGGAGCAGCACGGCAAGCUGGAUCAAGCGACGAGCAACAACACCGCGGGGAUCAAGAGGCGCCCCAACGACGAUGAUCCCCAACGCCAGCUCGAGGAGGAGCAAGAGAGGGUGACAAAGUCGCUAGUGCAGUGGAAGAAGGAGCCAGUGUGGGAUGACGACGAAGCGCAGCAUGCAUCAGGCUCCACUGCCGAGAUCUCGACGGGGCUCAAUCUCAGUAGCGGUCGCGGCUUAGACUUGAAUGAUAAGGUGGGGAGGGCCCAAUCCCUAAUAAACCCCUGGACUGCAUCUAUAUCUACACCAAGAGAGGGACAAGACGCGAGCAAAAAGGCGCACCAGAGGAGAAGCAUGGGAGAACCUUCUGCCAAGAAUUGCGUGGUUUGCGAGAUUAUAUAUAUCCAUCUUCCAAUCCAUGUCUAUAUGAAUGAAGCCAUAAAGGUGGCAGCGAUCCACCAUAUGUCUGGAUGGAUCGAGAAGGUGGCAUACGAGCGUGAGAAUCGUACUAGUGACAACGUUUUUAGGGUUAUCCUCUAUCGUGGCUCGUGUUUCUUGGUCUGGUCAAGGAGGGAAUUCGCAGGAAUUGCCGCGUUUCCAGUGUUUCUUGGCAUCUCCUCUUCCAGCAGGGGCGCCAGACUCUCGCAGGGGACGUGUCCGUAUCGCGCGUUUUGGGUUGUAGCGUCUACAGCCGAAAUGCUGUAUGAGGCUCUCAAGCAAUCCACGACAAAGAUGUCGCAACACCAAAGGCCGUCGCUUCCAUCUCCUUCCCCGCAUCAUCACCAAGCGCUGUCCGAUCCACAGAGAAUUGCGAGCGGCUCUUCUCCCGGCGCUACGAGCUCUGGCGGCGGAGGAGGAGCAAGCAGCAACGCCGUCUCGAAUGCGGCGGCCGCCGCCGCUAAGCAGCGCCUCCGAUGGACGCCGGACCUUCACGAGCGAUUCGUAGAGGCUGUUGGGCAGCUGGGAGGAGCCGACAGAGCUACUCCCAAGGGUGUUCUUCGCGUAAUGGGCGUGCAAGGACUCACAAUCUAUCAUGUCAAGAGUCAUUUACAGAAGUACCGACUUGCGAAGUACAUACCAGAUCCGAUGGGCGAUGGGAAAUCGGACAAAAGGAGGCACCCGGAUUUGCCGAGUCUCGGAGGAUCUGUUCAGAUCAACGAGGCAUUGCGUAUGCAAAUGGAGGUACAAAAGAGGCUUCAGGAGCAGCUCGAGGUGCAACGGCACCUCCAAUUGCGAAUCGAAGCGCAAGGGAAGUACCUGCAGAAAAUUAUUGACGAGCAGAAGAAGAUGAGUGGGGGUCUUGACAACCAGCCAGGUGCCAGUCCCGGAUCGACGCAAGUUUUUAGCUCAGAUAUAACAGUCCAAGGCUCAGAUCUCAAAUAUGAAUUGACCGAGAGCGUACCAGGUCUGAUGGAUCCACCAGGAGGAGGUGGAGGAGGAGCUUUGCCAGCGAUCACAUCAGCGCUUUCGGCACUGGGAUCAAUGGCAGCUAACAACAGUUUGUCGCGAGAAAACUCGCCGGCGUCAGUCCCAAAUCCUUUGGGAGCCAGUUACACUUUACUCAACAACAACAACAACAACAUUAGGACCGAUGACGCGGUAGUAGUAUCACCGAGACACCAGGAAUCAGUAGAAGAGUAUCUUCAUUCGAAAUCUUUACAACAGCAGCAGCAGUCUUACCACCAUUCGAGUUAUUUGCAGUGUAACACAGCAGGCUUCCAUGACCACAACACUGGCGAGAGUUUUCUGUAAUAUGUAGGAGCUCUAUAGCCGCCGCAGCAAACGACUUUGUCCACUUUGGUACGAUCGUUUCUUGCCGCUUGUUGAAAGAAUUGAGACUUUUGUAACCGCGUU